ACAAAUUAAAUAAUGACGAUUUCUCAAUAUAAAUAUGUUAUAUUGUGAGCUGAAAAAACCUUCACAUUAAUACAUGAUAACUGCAUGGCAUUGUUCUUAAUUACUAUCAAAUGCACAUUCGAUUUUAAGAACUAGUUUAUUAAGCGGAAGCUGUCAAAGUGUGUUCUUCGUCCCUGCCAUGUGGGUUUGUUUACAAAUAAAUUUACAUUAUUAGCACGUUUUGAAACAUGGGGAAAAAGAAGUUGGGCUUCAAUUGGAAAGCCAGAAUUCAAAAUGAAACUGUUGUUGAUAAGUCAUCGCAGGAAGAGAUUCAUGUUGAGAUCGACCUGCAGAAAGAGAAAGGCUAUGACGACAGCAAUGCUCUUGUGCUACCAUCAAAGAAGAGGGACUCCGCACAUAAACAUGUUCAAGAGAAGAAAAUAAAACGCCUGACAAAAAAGGAAAGAAAAAAACUGGAAAAGGUUAUUGAGACAAAAGAGAAGAAGGCAAAGAGGGCAGAUAUUUUUGUGUCACUGGCUGCCCACCAGGCAAGUCAGGAUGAGAUGCGACAACUUAUCAGCAUAUCAGAGGUCCAGUCCGGAAAGGUGAAAAGAAAGCAUGAUGACACAGUUGACAAAGACGUCACUGUCAAUUCGAUAGCAGGCAGUAACAGAAAACGAAGAAGAAAACAACAAGAAAUAGAGACUGAGAAAAGUGAUGAUGAGGAGUCCAUUCACACCUCAGACAUGUCGACAGAUGAGGAAGAUUCAGGAGUGGUAUCAGAGGAAGAAAUUGAGAAACCAGUUUCAGUGGAGGUUCAACAAAAAGAAGCAGAGACUGCAGUGUGUAAGAUUGAAGACUGUCGUGAAGAAGUAGUUCCUGUAAAUUUACAAGACAAUGUAGUUGAGAGUGUAAAGUUGCAAGAGGAGACUGUAAAUGAAAAUGAUAAAAGAGUGAAGCAAAGGACCUGUAGCAACCCAUCAAAGACAAGAAAACAUGUGAGAAGCACUUCAUCUAAUUGGGUGGUUAGUGAUAUUACAAAGAAGGAAUAUGAUUCACAAAAAGUUGACAGUGAUGUGAAAACAAAUCAAACUGUUAGUAAUCUCUCUUCUGAAGAUGUGUCUUCUGAAAGUAGUAAAAAAUCUUCCAAUUCCUCAAAGAUAGACCAACAAAAGAAAGAAGUGAAAGAACCAGCGAAGAGAGUUGUUAACAUACCAGUUUACAGAGAUGAAACUAUACAGACAGGGCGUUUAAAGCUGCCUAUCCUGGGAGAGGAGCAAGUGAUCAUGGAGGCGAUCAGUGAGCACCCUGUUGUCAUUAUUUGUGGAGAGACGGGCAGUGGUAAGACCACCCAGGUUCCGCAGUUCCUGUAUGAGGCGGGAUACGCUCACGGAGGAGGAAUUAUAGGAGUUACAGAGCCAAGGAGAGUGGCAGCAGUCAGCAUGUCUAAUCGAGUUGCCAUGGAAAUGUCAUUGUCAAAGAGAGAAGUUUCGUACCAGAUUCGGUAUGAAGGAAAUGUUACGGACAACACUAAAAUCAAGUUCAUGACUGAUGGCGUCUUGCUCAAGGAAGUUCAAAAGGAUUUCCUGCUGACCAAAUACUCAGCGAUCAUCAUAGACGAGGCCCAUGAGCGUAGCGUGUACACGGACAUACUUAUAGGACUCCUCUCCAGGAUUGUGCCUCUUAGGACUAAGCGAGGUAAUCCACUGAAGCUCAUUAUUAUGUCUGCAACAUUGCGAGUUGAGGACUUCACUGAAAACAAGCGGCUGUUCAGGGUCACUCCGCCAGUCAUAAAGGUGGAUGCCAGGCAGUUUCCUGUCACAGUUCAUUACAAUAAAAGAACACCAUUGGAAGAUUACCUGGGGGAAACAUUCAGAAAAACAUGUAAGAUCCACCGUAUGUUGCCAGAGGGUGGUAUUCUAGUGUUUGUCACGGGACAACAGGAGGUUCACACUCUUUGUCGUAAACUCAAGGCUGCAUUCCCCAUGUACGACAGCACCGGGCAACCACUAUCUGACAACCAGUCUUCAGGCAGAAGGAAACAUACAAAGAAGGAAACACAAGAAGAGGCCAGGAAGCUGCCAAACAUAAGUCUUGACAGCUACUCUGUGUCUGCUAUUGAUGAUGAGGAGCAGCAGGACCAGGUUAUGGAUGACCUUGAUGAUACAGAUGACCGUGGUAUCCAUGACAACACAGAUGAUGUCAGUUACCAGGACAACACAGAUGACCUUGACCCUGAUGACCCGGGGCACACAGAGGGAAGCAGUCAACCUGUAUAUGUGCUACCACUGUACUCCCUCCUGCCAACAGACAAACAGGCAAAGGUGUUUGGCCCUGUACCGGAUGGUUGCAGGCUGUGUGUUGUAGCCACUAAUGUAGCAGAGACCUCACUCACCAUCCCUGGCAUUAAAUAUGUCGUCGACACUGGAAAGAUGAAGACCAAGUUCUAUGACAAGGUGACAGGAGUAUCCACAUUCAGGGUGACGUGGACGUCUAAGGCAUCAGCAGACCAGCGGGCAGGGCGGGCCGGCAGAGUCGGGCCUGGACAUUGUUAUAGAUUAUACUCAUCAGCAGUGUUAAAUGAUGAGUUUGAGAAAUUCUCCCCUGCGGAGAUUACACGACGACCAGUGGAUGACCUUGUGCUGCAGAUGAAGGAUAUGAACAUUGAGAAGAUAGUCAACUUUCCAUACCCAACACAGCCUGACAUGGAGCAGAUAAGGGCUGCAGAAAAUCUUCUUAUCAGUCUGGGAGCCUUGACCCAGCCCCAGCAGCCUAAAUCAUUUAAAGAUUCCAAAAAGGAGGCCACCACAACAAUAACACCAUUGGGUCGAGCCAUGGCAUGUUUCCCCGUUUCUCCCCGCUAUGCAAAGAUGUUGUCCCUGGGUCACCAACAUGGUCUCCUGCCCUACGUUGUUGCCAUUGUGGCCGCACUCUCCGUGCAAGAACUCUUUGUAGAGGUCUACAGUAACCCUGAUGUGGACAACGAGGUGUUCAAGGACAGGCUGCUGCAUUUGACAAAUGUGAAGCGGAGAUGGGCCGCUGUGGGAGACUCACUAUUACUGGGUGACUUGAUGGUGCUUCUGAAGGCGGUAGGCUCAUGUGAGUUUGAGGGCUGCACCCCAGCAUUCUGUGACAAGUACGGGAUACGUAUCAAGGCCAUGAGAGAAGUCCGCAAACUACGGGUGCAGCUUACCAACUCUGUUAACCUGGCAAUCCCAGAUGCUGAUGUGUGUGUGGACCCAAAGAUGUCACCACCAGAUGAAAUGCAGGCCAGGUUACUGCGCCAGAUUGUCCUUGCUGGGAUGGGUGACCAUGUUGCUAGGAAAAUGAUUGCACUGCCCUCGACCAGUCCAGAUGCUAAGAAACUAAAGAAUGCUUACCAGGUUCCUGACCUGGAGGAGCCUGUGUUUAUCCACCCGACGUCGGUGCUGUACAAACAGAGACCAGAGUGGUUGGUCUUUCAACACAUGGAGGAAACAUCCAAACUAUACAUGAAAGGCCUUACUGCAAUAGAGCCAGAAUGGCUGCCUGUGUUCUGUCCUAGUCAUGUGACCCUCUCCAAGCCCCUAGAGGACCCACCCCCCAGAUACAACCCCCACAAAGGACAGGUGCUGUGCACCAUGACGGGCACGUUUGGUAACCGGGCGUGGUCUCUGCCUGCAGUGGAGAUGGAAUACCCAAUGGGGUUGGAAAAGAUGCGCUGGUUUGCCCGGGCUCUGCUGGUUGGGGAGGUUGUCUCAGGCCUUGGGAAAUAUACUCCCCAUCUCCUUUCCCAGCCUGCCACAAUGGUCAAAUCAUGGGCUAAGUUACAGCCAAGGACGGAGAGCCUGUUAAAAUGCCUGGUGGCAGAAAGGGUGGACUCCAAGGACACGCUGCUGGCAGUAUGGAACAAACAACCAACCUAUCUGUUUUCUGCCAUAAAAGAGUGGUUGCCUGAGUCGUUACACACAGAGCUGUCCCUGAAAUGGCCUCCUCUCGUGACUUAGUAUUACUUACUUGGAUGUAAUUUGUACAAAUAAAUUUUUAAUUAUU